AUGAUGGGACCUGCAGCCCUAUAUGCUACGAUCACAGCCUCGAUGCCGGCUCAACAGCACAAGCUCACAAUGUGCCAAUACUACGCCCACGCCUUCAUGUGCAAGCACCUCUCCUUCACCUUUGCCCGCUUCUGCCAACCCGCGAGCCUCAUCCAGAAACCCUGCGCCAAGAGGCAGGUAUGGCAGACCAUUGGCCUAGACGACGCUUGCGAGGAGUGUUUGGCCUGGUUCCCUGAUCAGUACCCGUGCUGGAGGCCGCGGUACCAGUGA